AGCUCGGCACUGCAGAGAGAGCUCAGCUGUCAGGAGCGUCCUGGAAUGUGGGUCUUGGGGUAAUGGCUCCAGAGCGAUGAAGGACGCAGUUUAACCCGUUGCGGACAUAAGUUACUCGGGUCGCCAUGGCCUCUUUAACCGUCAGCUCGGCGGCUCGGAGCAUCGAGAAGCAUCGGAGGUCCUUCUCUCUGCUCUUCUACCGGGCUGUGCGGGACCUGAAGCCGGUCUGGAUGCUGGAGGACAUGCGGACUAUGGAGACGUUUUACCAGGAGGAGGACGCCAGUCAGAGGAUUUACACCCCGUCGGAGGCGCUGCUUUACGCUAUAGUUCACGACCACCAAGCGUAUGCCCAGUACCUGCUUAGCCGGCACACCGACGAAGCGUUAGCAAAGCCCGGGGAGCGUUUCUGCUGCUGCCCGUCCUCCGCCCCGCACCUUGCCAUGGCUGUCCGCUACGACAGGCGCUACAUUCUCGGCCUCAUCUUACAGGAGACUCACAGAAUGUCCAGCACGACCUGCUACACGAAGCGAGCCGGAUGUUUUCACGCGGAGGACGGCAGAACCCCUUUACAUCUGGCCUGCGAGCUCCUGCGGCCCGAGGCGGUUAUUAUGCUGCUGGGGAACGGAGCGUCCCCGCACGCCCAGGACCACAGCGGGCUGACCCCGCUGGAUAUAAUUCUGGAGAAACUCAGGGACUCCAAGGACGUGAACGGCGGGGAGAGGAGGCAGUGUCUGGACAACCUGCUCAUGUUCAUGCCGAAGGUUCACUUUAAAAUGAAAGGUGCUCUGGGCAGAGAGCCGGAGCGCUGGGGCAAGGUGCUGGGAGAGGACACGUACAAGUACCUGGCGGGAAGCACCCCGGCGCCGCUGGUUCUCACCGCCAUGCAGACUGUUCUGAAGCAGCUGAGCCCCGCGACCUUCCCGGACAGCCUGCAUGAGCUUCCCAUCCCCUCCUCCCUCAAACCGCAGGGUCUGCCUGUGACCCAGCGGGGCAGGCAGAGGGUGGUGUAGCAUCAGCAUGACAGGAUGCAUGCUCCGCUGUAUGAAACGUCUUCUGUGUUAGCAUGGUGUGUGUGUGUGUGUGUGUGUGUGUGUGUGUUUUCCAAGAGCCUGGGCUAUAAAAGCGGUAACACUUCAUUAUAGGGCUGCACAAAUAAACACUAACAGCAGGGAACAAAUGAAGCAAAUCCAGCAAUGUGACUUUAACCACAGUGUCAGUCAGCUGAUGGAGGCAGCUGGAGGGAGCAGGAUGAUGCAGCCAGCUGUGGGCAGUUGUUACAGGGAAUCAGCAGCCAUACUCUUACAUUUUCUACACUAAUUCAGGCAUUAAUAAUCCGUUUAUUUGUCUAACCCUCAUUCUAAAGUGUUACCUACUCAUACUACAGCUGUAUAAAGCCACUGUAUCAUAUCAGAGGGGUAGACCGACACUGAUGACACGUCUGUGUGAAGUGUGUUACUGUUGAUUUUAAUUUAUUUGGGUUGUAUUUAACGGUAAGGUUCAGGAGAAUGAGCUCAUAGAUCAUCUGAAAACAGGUGACUUGAAAAAAAACAAACUCUAUGGGUGAAUGAUUCCUUUUAAAUAAAUAAGAAUCUAAGUGAUGA